AAAAAAUCGUUCGCGAUGUGGCGCGAACUUUGGUCGCGCGCGCUUCUAACGUGCGCGAUCGGCACUUGCUCGAUUCUCGGCGACUUCGGACUGAAGUAUGGCAAGAGUAACUCGGCGCGCGCGAUGUUUGACAACGCGACGCACGCGACAGUGGGCGGCCUCACGUGGACAUUGAUCGUCGUUCUCUCGCGGAAGUCGAUCGCGCGCAAUCUGAAUAGUAUAUUCUCCUGCUUUCUGUUGGCGUCCUUCAUCGAUCUAGAUCACUUUGUCGCGGCGCGUAGUUGGCACCUUCAUGAUGCCACGCAUUUGCAAAAACGACCAUUUCUACAUUGCACCACCAUUCCUAUUAUGUUAUGGAUACUCCUCAUCUCACUUUCUAAUACUUUUCAUUCUCCUGUAUUGGAACAGACUUCCUGGGUGAUACUGGCCGCCUUCCUAAGUCAUCAUAUACGAGAUGGUACCAGAAGAGGCUUAUGGUUCUAUCCCUUCGGAUCAACCCGUCCCAUUCCUUAUUAUUUGUAUGUGAGUCUUUGUAUGACCCUUCCUUACAUAUUAUAUUGGCUCAUGAGCCUACAUACGUUUGCAUCGAAGAAUAAUGACGAGAUUAUUCUUAUCGAUAUAUAAGACUUGAUUUAAAAUGUGUAUAUUACAUGUCGAUUGUCAAAAUCAAAACAAUAGGAUAUUUCUUAUAUAAGAUAAUUAAAUAUUUAAAAACACUAAUGGUUUAAUAUCGAUAUAUCGAUAUUUCUCAAUAGUUUAAGUUAAAAACGGUAAGAGGAAAAACUAAUAACCUAAGAAUAAGCUCUCUGCGAGAAAAAAA